UGCGUGCUGACGGUUGCUGGUGGACAGUUUUCCCUCCUCGCGGACGAAGCUAAGCUGAUGUUCAGCUAAACACACUUCCUUUGCUGAACCUUUGUGGACUCCUUGGCUUCACCACCGCAGGAGGACGGCGGACAGAGAGACCGAACACCGGUAUCGGCGCUGUUCACGAAGACUUAUGCGGUCCUUCUAGCAGGGCAAGAUGUUCAACAAGUCAUUUGGAACUCCCUUCGGUGGAGGGACGGGAGGGUUUGGAACCUCAUCGACAUUUGGUCAGCAAAACACAGGUUUUGGGACGACGGGAGGUUUCGGGACAUCUGCAUUCGGGACGACCACUAACACCGGAGGACUGUUUGGUUCUACACAGAAUAAACCAGGUGGUCUUUUUGGCUCCAGUACGUUCAGCCAGCCGGCGACUUCCUCCACCAGCACCGGCUUCGGUUUCGGUGCAGCGAGCGGCACCUCCACCAGCCUCUUUGGCAACACUGGAACGGGCACCAGCGGCGGACUUUUCUCCCAGCAGAACAAUGCCUUCGGUGCCAACAAGCCCACCUCUUUUGGAAAAACCUCCCUAUCUUCGUGUCCUCCAGGCUUUGGGACGAGCACCAGCAGCGGCGGGCUGUUUGGGUCGACCAACACCACCUCCAACCCCUUCGGUGGGACGAACUCACUGUUCGGAGGCUCCGGGUUUUCCGCUGCGCAGCAGCCAGGAACCACCGUGAAAUUCAAUCCCCCAACCGGAAGUGACACGAUGGUGAAAGCAGGCGUGACCACGAGCAUCAACACGAAGCAUCAGUGCAUCACCGCCAUGAAGGAGUACGAGAACAAAUCCCUGGAGGAGUUGAGGCUGGAGGACUACCAGGCAGGCAGGAAGGGCCCGACCAACCCGAUGGCUCCAGGGACGGGCGGCCUGUUCGGUCCAGCCACUGCCACGUCCAGCGCCACAACCGGCCUGUUCGGCUCCACGGCCCCCAACGCCAGCUUCUCUUUCGGCCAGAACAAGAGCACCUUCGGAGGCGCAGCUACCGGCGGUUUCGGUGCAACCACAGGGGGUCUGUUUGGCGGUCAGACCCAACAGCAGGCCAGCAGCCUCUUCAAGCCCUUCGGUCAGACCACCACCGCACAGAGCACCGGCUUCUCCUUCGGCAACACCAACACGAUGGGACAAGCCAACACCAGCAGCAUGGGUUUGUUUGGGAACACGGCAGCGUCUCAGUCAGGCAGCCUGUUUGGGACGGCUCAGACCAGCACCGCCACCGGGUUCGGGACGGCCACCGGGCUGUUCGGCCAAACCAACCCUGGAUUUGGAAACGUGGGCACGCAGCAGAGUUUAUUCGGCAAUAAGACGGCGGGCUUCGGCGCCACCACCACCAGCGCUCCGUCCUUCGGCACCGGUACCGGGCUCUUUGGAAACAAGCCCGCUCUCACGCUGGGAACCGGAACCAACACCUCCACCUUCGGUUUUGGGGCAAACCCUGCUGGAGGGAGUCUUUUUGGGACUAAGUCGACCACCGGAGGGCUGGGCACUGGACUGGGAACCAGCUUUGGAACAGCAGUGGGCACAGGACAGACUCUGUUUGGGAACAACCAGAACAAACUGGGCACCACACUGGGAACGAUGGGGACGUUCGGAGCGACGGGAUUCAACAGCGGAACGAGCACGCUGGGCUUCGGAGCUCCACAACAACCCGUCGCCCUCACAGAUCCAAACGCUGCCGCCGCCCAGCAGGCUAUGCUUCAGCAGCAGCUCAGCGUUCUGGCCUACUCGCCGUACGGAGACUCGCCGCUCUUCAGAAACCCGCUGUCAGACCCCAAGAAGAAGGAGGAGCGUCUGAAACCGACCAAUCCGACGGCUCAGAAGGCUCUGACCACGCCCACCCACUACAAGCUGACCCCACGUCCUGCAACCAGAGUCCGACCCAAAGCGCUGACGUCUUCAGGCGGCUCCAAGUCGCAGCUCUUCGACGGCCUGGAUGACGACGAGCCGUCGCUCACCAACGGAGCCUUCAUACCGAGGAAGAGCAUCAAGAAACUUGUGCUGAAGAACCUGAACAGCAGUCAGUACAGCAGUCCGAUUAACAAAGAGACCGACGACCUCGCCUCGCCACCGGAGUAUCCGCAGAACGGACACAGCCAUGUGGAGGAAGACGAGGAGCUGAGGGAGGUUCCGGGACCCAGCAGCCGGCCGGACGACGACCCAGAGGUCACCCACUUCUACGUCAACCCCAUCGCCAAGCCGAUCCCGCAGGGCCGAGCCCAGACCAGCCUGCAGGACACCAUCAGCGACCUGAACAUGCACAAAGCGUCCAGGAACGGCCUGGAGCUGAGCAGCGACGACGUGUCGGCGUCUCUGGGGGAAGAAUCUCUGCAGGAGGGGGAGGAGGAGCAGCAGCCGGAGUCCCAACAGUCUCCUCAUCCUGCAGGCAUCGUUCUGAACCGGGUGGGUUAUUAUACUAUCCCCUCUAUGGACGACCUCGCUGAGAUGGUGGACGAAAACGGAGAGUGCAUCGUGGAAAACUUCAGCAUCGGCAGGAAAGGUUACGGCUCCAUCUUCUUCCCCGGCGAGGUCAACGUGACGGGACUGAACCUCGAUGACAUUGUCCACUUCAGACGCAAAGAGGUCAUCGUGUACCCAGAUGACAAGAACAAGCCGCCAGAGGGGGAGGGGCUUAACAGACGAGCGGAGGUGACUCUGGACGGCGUCUGGCCCAACGACAAGACGACCUGCACUCAGAUCAGGAGCCCCGAGCGACUGACCGACAUGAACUACGAGGGACGGCUGGAGAAAGCUUCGCGCAAACAGGGAGCCCGUUUCCUCGAGUAUCGGCCCGAGACCGGAUCCUGGGUGUUCGAGGUGGCCCAUUUCUCCAAGUAUGGCCUCCAGGACUCCGAUGAGGACGAGGACGUGCCGCCUAAAGCCGACCCCAAGAAGCUGAAGACGAUGAUGACUCUUCCUCCCUCCAGGCUGCAGCAGCAGCAGCAGCUUCCCCCCUCCCAGCAGCAGGUGGCGCCACAGGCUCAGUCCACGGUGGUCGUGGAUCUUCCGAGCGGCGUCUCGGAGCUGGACAGCGACAUGGCCGACAUCACCCAGAGCUUCCCGACGGACAGCGUGCUGGGAGGAGAGGACGACGGCGGCGACCUGCCGGCCGGUGAAAUGGACACGAUGGCCGGGAAGCUCGGAGGUUUGACGUCUGUAGAGCACGACGGCGUCUCUGCAUCCGGCCACAUCGCAUCCUCGCUGGGCAUCAACCCGCACACGCUCCAGAUUAUGAAGGCGUCCCUGUUUGCCGAGGAUGAGGAUGACGGCGACAUGUUCCAGGAUCAGGGGGCAAUGAAGGUCUCCGCUGACGUCUCGUCUCCUCGCCUCGUCCUGCCGGGAGCUCACGGCCGACCCUCUGUCGGUGGUCUCCUUCAGGCUCGCUUCACCUCCGGCCUCCUGUCUCAGCUCUCGGACUCUCCCUGCCCUCCUCUGCCUUCGUCCCGGGCGUCUCCGGCGGUGGUCGAACCCCCUCGGUUGCUGCAGUGGGCGGGGCCAGGACCCUCCUCUUUCCUGGUUCCUCCUAGGACUCCAGAGCCUUCGAUCAGGACGGUCGGUGUCCGGCGGCUGGGCGGACCCGUCCCCAUGAAGGAAUCGGUCACUCAGGGGAAGGGAGCGUUGCUGAUGGACACCGGGCUGUUUGCGGUCCGGUCCUUCCGGGUCGGGUGGGGUCCCGGCUGGACGCUGGCGCACUGCGGCAGCCGGCUGAGCUCGUCGACGUCCAAACAGCUUGAACACCAAGAACUGACCACCAAGACCGACUUCAGCUUCCUGCCUAAACCUGCCAGGAGCAAACCACUGACAGAAAGCCCCUACAAGGUGGUUCUGGAGCAGCUGGUGGGUCUGGAGCCUCCACGAGGGAAAACCAUCGAGGAGGAGGGCAAUGAAGAGAGCCAGGCGGUGCUGCAGCGCCCCCUGGAGAUCUGCCUGAAGCACAGCACCAUCAGCACCCCGGACGCCUCCACCUGCCCGCUGGUGCGACCGCAACUCGGCGUGGCGGCGCUGCACGAGUACGCUGAGUGGAUCAGCGAGCUGAACGACAAGCAGGGCGACGCAGAUCCCCUUCUGGGUUACUGGGCCGAGGUCUGGACCCUGUGCGAGGCUCUGUGGGGCCGAUUGGGCCCCUCGGAUCAGGAGCCGGACAUCGAGGCGCCCAGCGAGUACGAGCAGCAGCUGGAGAGGCGGCGGACCUUCUCGGCCUGGCUGUCCCGCGGCGCCACCUGCAGGGUGGAGGAGGAGGUGGCUCUGGUGGGGAAGGGCCGCCACACGGAGGCCAUCUUCAGCUACCUGACGGGAAACCGCAUCAGCGAGGCGUGUCGACUCGCUCAGAAGGAAGGAGACCACCGUCUGUCCCUGCUGCUGUCCCAGGCCAUGGGCUCUCAGUACUGCCGGGACCUUCUGGCCCUUCAGCUCGCCGACUGGAACCGCAUGCAGACCGACUGCUACCUGCCCGAAGAACGACUUCGCAUCUUUGCGCUGCUCGCCGGCAAGCCAGUGUGGCAGUCGUCUGAGUCGGUGGUGAAUGUUUGCUCCGAGCUGGACUGGAAGCGCUGCAUGGCCGUCCACCUUUGGUUCAUGUUGCCUCCGACCGCCUCUGUGGCCGACGCACUCGUCAAAUACGAAGCCGCCUUUCAGGGCUCCUGCGAUAGCGGGAAGUACGCCUGCGCCCCCCUGCCACCCUACUUGGAGGCAGAUCAGCCGGAUUUGGAGGAGGAGGACGAGGAGUCUAAACGGCCGCUGUACGACAUCUGCUUCCACCUGCUGAAGCUCUACAGCGACAGACACUACAGCCUGCAGCAGCUGUUGGAUCCUCUCACCGUCACCUGGGAGCGCCUGGACUACCGCCUCAGCUGGCACCUGUGGGGCGUCCUGCAGGCGCUGCACUACAGCCACCUGAGCUCCUCACGGCAGGGACUCCUCCACGCCAGCUACGCCGCCCAGCUGGAGAGCGCCGGCCUCUGGCACAUGGCCGUCUUCAUCCUGCUGCACAUCCCCGACCACAGCCAGCGGGAGCGAGCCGUGAGGGAGAUGCUGACCCUCCACUGCCCCCUGCAGGAGACGGACGAGUCGGUACGCAGGGAGCGCUUCCUCACCGAGAGGCUGCUGGUCCCGGAGCGCUGGAUCCACGAGGCCAAGGCCACCCGAGCCCGCCGCGACGCCGACCGGCACCAGCAGGCGCUGCACCUGUACCGGGCCGGAUACUGGAACCAGUGCCAUCGGCUACUCAUCCAGCACCUGGCCUCAGACUGCAUCAUCAACGACAACCACGACUAUCUUCUGGAGUUCCUGGAGGGUCUGGCGGUCCCUGAGCACAGCGCCACCAUCCAGGACUGGGACACUGCAGGCAGGGUUUACCUGGACUACAUCAGGGUCAUCAAGACUCUGCAGGACAUCCAGCAGAUGGAGAACGCCGGCUAUGAACUGGAGCGCCUCUACACCGACGUGACGUCUCUCUGCAGCAGAAUCGAGCUUCUGCCCUGCAGCACCGCCAGAGACCGACUCGCCCAAUCAGAAAUGGCGAAGCGCGUGGCGAACAUCCUUCGCGUGGUUCUGAGCCUGCAGCAGGGCGACGCGGCGUCCGACUCCCUCAGCAUCCCGCUGGCACAGCUGGCGCCGCACAUCAGCCGCCUGCCGAUGCCGGAGGAUUACACGCUGGAGGAGCUGCGAGGCCUCACGCAGUCAUACUUGCGGCAGCUCAUCGUCAGCCAAUGAGAGCGCAGAGCUGCGGCAGGAAGUGAUGUCGCAUCAGUACAAACAGGAGAAAGGUCUUAGCUGCUCAAACGUCAUGAAGCCAUGACGCAGAGUUCACCUAGAGGGACGCCUUCUUCGAUACUUCAUUCCUCAGCGUUUUAAACACCGCCAACGACAAGAAGUUUCAAAUUAACCGACGAGUGAGAGAUCUGCUCAUUCGCUGCACAACUCACCUCACAGUUAGCUACUGGCUCAGAUCAGUGGUUCUCAAUCAGGAGACCCGAAUAGUGGAGCAGAAAAAAAGGGUUUUCUUUUGGCAAGUGCUCAAGUACAUAUUUGGACAAUAAAACGAGGUGUCCACGGUCUCAUUUUGUCAUAAACAACCCUUUAAAAUACCAAAAAUAUUCCAUUUACAGAAGCGUAAGUCCAAGAAAAGCAGCAAAAUUGACAGUUUUUUCCCCCUUCUUUUCUUGAGAUUUAUUGAAUUUCUCUAAAUAUUAUUGAAGUAAAACAACUUUUUUUUUUUAAAUCACUCCCGUGUAUAACUGGUGGUAGAACUCCUUGAUGUCAGACAGGUUGGGAACCACUGAGCUGCUGGUUUCCUUCCAUUUCUGUUUGAAAACCCCCCGAAAACAUGAAGUCUGUUCAUUUAUACCUGUGAGUUUGGAAAAGUUCGACACAAAAAUGGCCUCAGAGAUGAUUAAAAGUCUUUACUGAUUUAGAAACAUGUCUAAAUACAUCAGACUGUAGAAUCACAUAUAAAUGAUGACAGCUUUGUUUGCUGCUCUUCUACAGUGUCCAGUUUAAUGAUGUUACUUAGAAUUAUUGUGAAAUACGGCCAAGAAACUGUCAGAAAAACGAGAUAUGAACAUCAGUGCCGGUCUCAAAAACCUGCUGGUUUACUUUUUGUGGUGAAAAACGGUAUUACAGUGGUUUCAGUGGGACAUUAAGUUGUCUAUAAUUUCUUUGGAGUGAUUCGAGCACCAGAAAACCAAACAACAAGACAUUCAGGACAUUAAAGCGUAGGAGAUGAAUGCAGAAAUGAAUGGAAACCAGUGGACGACCAAACACAAAAAAACUGUGCAGCCUCCGUUUAAACCUGCAGGAUUUUGUAGUUAACGGGUUAAAACUUCCACAUGAAACUGCAGGUUGGAUUUAAACUAGAUUUAUUGUCAUUUCCAGGUUUAUUAUUUGUAAAUGCUCCCCGGUAACGAGAGCGUUUUCUUCUUUGCCUCUGUGUUUAAAAGUGUCUUCGUAUCUGCAUUUGAGUGAAUAAAAGUACCUGAAUUACUCUGUUGAUCCUAAAAAAGCAAAAGUGCUGCGGUCUUGAUCAGGGGAGGAUAAAAAGUGGCGACUUGUCUUCAGCACCACGACAGAUUUGGUUUCAUUCUAAGUAAAUAAAAGCGGCUGUUAGCUUAGCGACAGUAGCACCUGUUCAUCUGUCAAUAUGUGAAUAAAGACGAUCUAUAAUGUUAAAGAAGAGCGGUGAUGUUUUUUUGGAGGCGACUCAACAUGCAAAGUGUAAAAUGGUCUAUUUUUGUAGAUUUCUUGUUUUUCUGUUUGGUCUGAAUGUAAAUCAGAAGUGAACAGCAGCAGCACUGCGGUAGUUUGGUCGUCAGAUUUUCUAAGCUGAAGAGUUUCCUUCCAAAACGAGCCGCCAGCCGGAGAUUUCACUGCAUGUAAUUAUAUAAAUAUUGUAUAUUUUUGGAACUCAAACAGGGAACGUCAGGUCAUUUUUAUCCUCUACCUUUAAUUAUCAACAAAUUGGAUGCAAAGUCUUUUGAAAUGAAACCCUUCACUUAGCGAUCGAUUGAUUUUGUUGUAGAUUAACUGUCGGCUUGCCAAGAAUGUGUUUUUGUUUUUACAGUUUCUCAGUAAACAGGAUCUAUAUGAUGUCAGAAACAGUGUAUGUAUGUAGUUUACAUGGAUGGAUUCUGCUUUCUGUGUGUGUGUGACUGUUUGCAUGUCAUGAUUUUGUUAUUUUUUAAUAAAGUCAACUAGAAAUAAA